AUGCAGUAUCCGCAGUUUAAACGACCCCGUAUUGGGUCGUCUUCAGCUGAAGUUGCGUCUUCUUCUAAUGCCUCUAUUGGGGCUUCCUUAGUCACGCGUCGACAGACUUCUCAUCGGAACACACUGCUGCGUUCCAGAGCUGCAGUAGCUGCUCUUAGUAACGCGCCUACUGGUUUAGUUGGUUUUCCUAAUGUUGGUUUGCAAUCCCCUGAUUAUGUUGAUAUGGGGUCAUGUACAGAGGUAUGUGAGUAUUGCGGUGCUCUUUUUUGGUUUGAGGAGCGGUUAACGUCUUUCCCAAUAAGUGGUCGUCCGCGGUAUAAUCGUUGUUGUCGGGGUGGUAAAAUUGAAUUGCAAUACCCAUCUCAACCACUGAAUUUGUUAAGAACUCUGUUUUCAGAUGCCCAAUUUAUGUCGAAUAUUCGCGCUUACAAUGCCAUGUUCUGUAUGACUUCGUUUGGUGCUAUUGUGGAUGAUGCAAUAAACCAAGGUGGUGGCCCCUACGUGUUCAAAGUUUCCGGCCAGGUUUCGCACUGGUUGGGUUCUCUUUGCCCGUCUCCUGGUGAUGGACCCCGUUUUUUACAGAUGUAUAUUUUCGAUAGUGAACAUGAGGUUGCCAACAGGCUGCGGUUUUUCCCUGGUAUUGACUCACACGGUCCUACAGCAGAGACUGUUGCUGCAAUUUCUCAGAUGUUGGAUGAUGUAAAUCCAUAUGUUCGCCUGUUUAGAUCCGCAAGGGAAUUAUGUUCGCGGACAGAGAUCCCAGAUUUUGAAAUCAGGCUUCAUAGUCGUGUUCGCGACAACCGUUAUGCCACCCCUACAUCACAUACUCUUGGUGCCAUUGUUUGUGAUAAUAGUCAACUAUCAGCGGAUUUUGAUGUCAUUAUUAAAAGUAAAGACAACAUCCCACAUAGGGUAAGCAAACUGCACCCAUCUUACAUGCCCUUGCAGUACCCACUCCUUUUCCCACGUGCAGAACAAGGUUGGUCGCCUGAACUUAGGCUCACCGGAACUAUAAGCGUACUUCCUGAUGAUCAAAUGUCCGAUGACCGUAAAUUAACACCAAUAAUGUUCUAUGGUUAUCAAAUGCACGAUCGUCAGGACGUUUAUACCCACAUACUUAGAGCAUCCAGGCUGUUACAACAAUAUUUGGUUGAUGCUUACGUCUGUGUAGAACAUUCCCGUUUGGAAUACUUUAGAGCCAACCAAGAUGAAUUCCGAUGUGAGUUUUUGCAAGGUGUUCAUGACGCAAUUUCGAGAGGGGAUACCGAGGCGCGUAGCAUAGGAAAACGUGUUAUAUUACCUUCUUCAUUCACGGGCGGGCCAAGGUAUAUGUAUAAACACUAUCAGGAUGCGCUCGCAAUAUGCCGUGUGCAUGGUAAUCCACAGUAUUUCAUCACAUUUACGUGCAAUGUUCACUGGCCCGAAAUAACAAGAGAGAUCAAUCGUGUGGGUGCUGCUAAUGCGCAAGAUAGGCCUGACAUCAUCCCUAGAGUCUUCCAAAUGAAGGUGCGCACGUUUGUUAAACAUUUGCGAAAAAGGAAACCAUUUGGAGACGUCACUGCAGAUCUAUACACAAUUGAAUUUCAAAAAAGAGGCUUACCACAUUAUCACACACUUUUAUGGGUGUCCAAUGCAUAUAGUAUUCGCAAUGCAGAACAAGUUGAUCACUAUAUAUCGGCUGAACUUCCUGAUCCUGUUCUUAAACCGGUUCUGUAUAGGAUUGUCACUGAUUGCAUGUUACAUGGCCCAUGUGGUUUAGUGCGCAUGGGUUCCCCUUGCAUGAAAGAUGGUGUCUGCAAAAAAAGUUUCCCCAAACCUUAUGAAGAUGUGACGCGCUUUGAUAAUGCAGGUUACGUACAUUAUAAGAGGUCGUCGACAUGUGAACCGUUUCUAAAAAACGGCGUUCCUCUAGACAACGGAUAUGUUGUUCCGUACAAUGAAAAUCUGUUAAUGCAUUUUGAUGCGCAUAUAAACGUAGAGUAUUGUGGUUGGACUAUGCUUAUCAAAUACUUAUUCAAAUACAUCUCCAAAGGUGCUGAUCGUAUUCAGUUUGCGUUAACACGUGAUAGACAUGGUGGAGAUAAUGAGGCAGCUGACAUCCCGGAGGUCGUAGACGAGAUAAAAAAUUAUACGGAUGGCCGAUUCAUAUGUCCACAUGAGGCAAUGUGGAGGAUAUUUAGUUUUCCAAUACAUCACAGGAAUCCCCCGGUUCAAGUUUUAGCUGUUCACUUGGAAGGAAAGCAAAACCUUACUUUCAGACAAUCGCAACGACUUUUGGAUAUUGCUAGCAAUUCAAAUACUGGUAAAACAACCUUAACAGAAUGGUUUGUGAGUAAUGCCAAUGAGAUAUCCAACGAGGGUAACUCUGCUUUGUCGGGUGUUAACCUUCGGUACGUUGAUUACCUAUCAAAGUACCGUUGGGAUACAUCAUAAAAAAAUGGAUAUAACCUUCGGU